AUUAUUUAUUCAUGUUUUGGGAAGAACGUCAAAGAAAAAUUGAUAUAUUUUGAGCACAAAAAAACAGUUAUUUUAGUAAACAUUCAGCGUUAAAAUGGCAGCAGUGCUUGGUGGAUUAGGUUGUUGUUCUUUAGCGUCUUGUGCAGCGCCUGUAAGUGUUCAGAAAUCAGUUUGUUUUUACAACAAUAUUACGUAGUAUAUUCGUAGACCCUAAUCGGUCUAUGAAUUUUAAUAUUUUAUUGAGUUCAUAUUCAAUAGCAUUUUAUGUUGUGUGUUGUUUGACAUUGCUAAUUUCCCCCAGAGGGAUUAUCCAUCAGGCUGUUACACCAAGAAUUGUUUAUUUAUACUAUAUGCAGAAUACUUCUUGAAGACCUUUUUGCUUGACAUUACUCAGCAAUAUUUAUAAAUAUGGCCAUGAUUGUGAUCAUAUGGCAAUUUGCCACAAUACAUAAAUAUUUCAAAUAUACAUGGUUCGGCAAUUAAUACUGUGACAAUAAUUCCGUUUUGGGCAUUGCAUCUUGUAUUGUAAAGCAACCCAAAACAAAGUCUGAUAAGCAAAAAACCACAAUUACAUCCAAAAAUAUUUGAAUCAGUAGAAAAGAGGGUGGAUUGGACCAUUGGAAAAUGAGAACCAUAAGAUAUUCUAUGCUGUGGAUUUUCAUCUGUCAACGGAUCCCACCCAAUGUGCUAGGGCCAUUAAUUAAUCUGAAGUAGUAUUAUGCAUGCAUACAUACAAUAUUCUUGUUUUUUGGACAAUAAAUUUUUCCUGAACCAAUCAUAACGCUGACCCUAAUCCAAGCGGUUCUUUCUUAUCUUAACUGUCCUAGCCAUUUGUUUGCAGGAAGAAGAAUUCUUACACAUAUGCUUGAAAUUUAGGAUUUUCUUGAAAUCAACUGAAAUUUAUUUGGUAUCAUUUUUAUUAGCAUGUUUAAUUUAAAGACAAGAAAUGUUGUUUAUCUCAGACAAAUAGCAUAGUAUUUUUUUUUUUUUUUUGUGUUGGUGUUGUGUACUCACAUGAAUAAUAUGUUUGCGAUGUUGCUCUGAGUGCAUAUCCACACCGGGCGAGCUUGAAAAAUAUGCCCGGCCACGGUGGGCUAGUAUUCCAAAGGUCGUAGGUUCGAAUCCCACCGUGGCCGGGCAUAUUUUUCAAGCUCGCCCGGUGUGGAUAUGCACUCAGAGUAACAUCACAAACAUAAAAUAGCAUAGUGAUUGACCAAUUGUGCCACAGUCAGAAAUUACCAAUUAUUCAUGCAAACAAUCUACCCAAUGCCGAUUUCAUGACUUCAUAUUAUAUAACUACAGUGAAACAUGCAAUUUGAUUGGUCAAUAGCCGUGCAGGAUCAGGCUAUCCUGCAUGAGGGGAAUUUAAAUGCCUUCGCGGGAUUCUCAAAAUGUCAUUGUUUCACUGUAGUUAUUUUAUAAAACAAUUACCAAACAGUUUUCCAAGCAGGAUAGUGUGAUCCAUGCACUUGGGAUGUUGCUCAACUUUCGGAAAGCGUAAAAAUACACUCGCCUGCGGCUUGAAUAUUUUUACACUUUCCGAAAGUCUCGCAACAUCCCUCGUGCAUGGAUCAUGCAAUCCUGCAUAGAAAACCAUUCGGUAUUCCUAUGUCAUUUGACUGAGAAAAAGUGACGUCAUUCAUUUAAUUUUUAACAAGGAUUUUUUCUGCAGCCAAAGUAUGUUAAAACCAUGUAUACAACAUGGAUCAACACACAAUGUAUAUAUUUUUUAAAGUGUGUGUUUUCUCAACAAUUGGUUGUACACAAUCAGAACUACAGAUAUUUCUACUGAUUCCAAUUGUCUAAGUACUGAUAAGGCAAAAAUUAGUCUGAUUCCAAUAUCGAUUAUCGUGAUCAAUCACUAGAAUAGCAUCUGAAUAUUUUGUUAUGAAAAGUGCAUUAUUACACUGACCUUUGAAUUGAAAACAUGUGACUGAAUUCAUUUUGUUGUCAGGCUGCAUGUUGUUGUGGUUCAUCUGCAUGUUUUUGUUGUUGUUCCCGUUGUCCGUCAUCCAAAAACUCCACAUCCACAAGAAUCGUGUACAGUGUCUUCCUAUUCCUGGGCAGUGUAAUUUCUGGAGUCAUGUUGGUGCCAGGCAUUAAAGAAAAAUUGGCAGACAUUCCACAUUUCUGUUCCUCAGACGAAAAUAAAUGUGAUAAUUUUGUUGGUUAUCUCGCCGUCUACCGAGUGUGUUUCGCCAUGGCGGCAUUCUUCUUUCUCUUGACAUUAAUCAUGUUUAAAGUUCAAACAAGUAAAGAUGGUCGAGCUAAGUUUCAGAAUGGGUAUGUGACAAUGAGAAACUUUCACUUCUUCUUAAAAGCUAUAAUUUCAAGAAAUUAACCCUUUAAGUGGCAAUGCGCCCAGAUGAUUUUUUGUAUUAAUUAUCCUAGGUUCUGGAUAGUUAAAAUCCUUCUGUAUCUUGGAUUGAUAACUGCUGCAUUUUUCAUACCAAAAGGCAACUUUGGAAAAGGUAACACAGGGAGAAAUAUUGUUUUUUUUUAAAUAUACCCUCUUCACACCAUAAUUUAUAAAUAUCCAGAAUAAACAAUCAAAUUGUGCCCUAACUAGUCAAAUCAUUCUAAUUGGCUAUUAAUUAAUCAAGUAUUAAUUAAUCAAGUAUUAAUAAAUCAAGUAUUAAUUAAUCAAGUAUUAAUAAAUCAAGUAUUAAUUAUUGUAACAUGUUGCUGUUUUUGGGCAAGUGAAUAUAAUUGUACAUUUGUAUUGUUUUAUUUUCAGCCUGGAUGUACAUUGGCAUGUUUGGUGGAUUUUUGUUCAUUCUUAUUCAGCUCAUAUUGUUAAUUGAUUUUGCUUACAAGUGGAACCAGUCUUGGUAAUACACCCUUCCAGAAAGUACAUCACUUUGGUUAUAGAACCUCAUAAAUAAAUAUGGUUGAACCUCACUUUUUCGAGUAUGUGACAGCCCAUGUCUCAAUCAUGAAAACGAGACUCUAUAGCCAAGGUGACACACUUUCCGGAAGCAUUUACUAGACUGGAUUGCUGUAUAGGUUCACAACUAGACUGGAUAGCAGCCAGUUUUUUCCUCCCUUAACGAUCUGCCUGCUACGCAAGCUAGUUCUCAACUGUUUUGUUUAGUGGGCCAGUAAGAGCCAUCCCUCCAAUACUGGUCCAGUAUUACUACACACAGGGGGAAAAGGUUUUCUAGUGACAAUCGGUCAGUUUAAAUUAAGAACCCUUCUUGCAAAAGCAGAAAUUAGCCUUUCUCACAAAGGCCAAAAUCUGCCAUUUUGGGGCUACUGUCUGCCCUCGUGAAAGAUUCUAGACAAUUCAAACAACAUGAAAAGCGACUUUUAAUUUACUGUAAAUUUACCGUUAUACAAACAUCUAUAGUAAAAAGUUGUAUUUCGUGGUGUGGAGACUCUCAAAUAUGAGAGAGGCAGUACCCCAAAAAUGGAGGGAAAAUUGGCUGCGAGAAAGGCUAAUCCUAAUGAGACAGGUAUUCAAUGGAUAUACAUGUAGGUUGAACUGAGGUAGCCUGCACAGGUGGUGAUUGUUAUGAUAGGUUGGGGAGUGUCAGUUAUGCAAACUAUCCCGGAGGUACAAAAGCUCUCCCAACAACAGUCUGUACUUACUAAAGUCACCAAAACCUUCUUUAGGAUGGAAAAAUGGGAAGUGAAUGGACAAAAGAAGUAUAUUUAUGGUAUAAAAAAACAAACUCUUCUCUAUUCAUAAUUGAACGUAUUGUGCAGUAAAUUCAAGACCUUUAGCCUUUGGUGUCAGCUAGUACAAUUGGGUGUCGUGUUAAUACAGAAACCUCUUAAGGGUCCAUUCCAUCCAUAGACCAGUUUGAGAAACAUAUUAAGCAAAUUAUUCUAAGGUUUACUUGUUGCCUUUGUGAGUUGCAGAAAGCUGGUUGUGGGUAAACGUCACAACCAAAGACAAAAUGAACGUGACAUUCCAAAGUAUCGGAUCGCGACCGGCCAAAGAACAUUCAGAUACAGAGGAACCAAAAUCUGGAACGCAUUGGACGAGGAUUUAAAAUCCAUUAUUGUUGAUAUUAACAAUUUUAAAUCUAAAUUAAAAGCAGGACUUUUAGAAGGAAAUAUAAAAUUUACAUUUUAAUCUUGGUAACCAGUAAUUUAAUAGUUGACAAUUUUAAUAUAGAAUAGACAAUUUAUAAAUAAUUUUAAUUGUCAAUAAUAACUGUAAAUUAUCGUUGAAGAACCCGUUUUGGGAAUGUCAAUAACUUUAAAAUUAAAUUAAAUUAAUCCCGAGCUAAAAAUUUUCCGGUGGUGAAAAUCAGCACCCAAAGGCUUGGAAUUUCUAGUCUUGAACUGCAAUUGAUAUAUACUGUACUUUGUAUACUGCAGGGCUUGCUGUCGCAACUGGUGCAAUGUAUUUGAUUUCCCUUGUUGGAUUUGUAUGCCUUUUCAUAUUCUACACAAAGGUAGGACAGUCUCUUUACUUCGUAGCAAUCUUUUUCCAUUGUUUCCAUCUUAGACUAAGGAUAUUUUAACGUAGAUACUAUAGUACCACCGGUACCUGACUGACUUGAAUUGUUUUACUGUUAUUUUAGUCAUCUGGUUGUCGUUUAAACAAGUUUUUCCUGAGUUUUAACUUGUGUUUAUCAGUCUUGGUUUCUGUGACAGCCAUUUUACCAAAAGUUCAAGAAGGUGAUUUUUACCAUCAUUUACAUGUAAACAUUUGAAUUUUGUAUUCAUUAACAUUCAUUUUGCGUUAUAAUGAUUUUUCACAUGCUGAAGGGCGGAGUGUUUUCACACAAUUUCUCGUUUUCCCAAUUUCCACUCGUGUUGAUAUAACUGUAUAUCAAUACGGAAAAGUUUUAUAUUUGUUUUAUACAAAGAAAUUUAAGUUUUACACAAAGAAAUAUAAAGAAAUUUUCCGGCGUUUCCGUGUUGACAUUGAGUUAUAUCAACACAGCUCUUAGCCAAUCAGCGUUCAGAUUUUACAAAUGCUAGAUUAUAAUCAUAUUUACUCAACUUGACUUAGGUCAACCAAACUCUGGGCUUCUCCAAGCGGGGCUUAUUACUCUCUACACAACCUAUCUAACAUGGUCUGCUAUCUCCAAUAAUCCUGGUAAGUCAUUUAUACCGAUUCGAAAAGACGUUUCCCAGGUAGUGUAGUUUAACAUUCUCGUUUAACAAAAGGUGUGUGUGACAAAAGGCCCUUGCAGCCUGCUUCAGGCAUGCCCACUAUUCCUGGCACGGUCAGUUUGAAGUGUUGAUUGACAAUGAAAAUUAUGCUUUUGGCUUUACAUGUUGAAAUUUCUCUUUCCCUAGAUGCAGAGUGUAACACAAGCAUAUCCUCUGGUUUCCAAAGUCAUUCUGUCAUCGCGGCCAUUGUCAUGUUUGUCAUGGUGAUUUAUUCUUGGUAAGAUUUAAUAACUUCUGAAUACACCCUUCUACAGCCUCGUUUUCAUGAUUAAGAUAUUGGGUUUUACCUUGUUACACAUUUACAAUGUCUCAGUCUCCCCUCUUAACCCUGGUUCACACAAGCAAUUCUGUCGGCGGUUUUUCUCCUCCUGGUAAGGCGUAAAAAAAUACCUGUGGUUCCAGUUUCAUAUCGUGAAAAAAUUAGGGUCGGUAGGUCGGAAAUAAUUUUUUUUUUGAAUAUUUUUUUCAUGUUUUUGGCGGUUUUUUUGCUGGGCGAUUUAAGAGCCUGGGUACGAGAUUGGGCGAUUUGCAGUAGAGUCCCGACAUCAAUAUUAAUUAAAGAUGCAUAUUUCCUAUGGACGAAUUUAGGCAAUUUGGAAUCAAUAAUUAAUGUGACAACAGACAUGGCAUGCUGUAUGAACAGCCCGCAACCACCUGGAGAAAAUAGGGUCACACAGUCAAUCUCGUUGAAAAAAUAAUAGGGUCGGUCGGAAACCGGAACCACAGGUAUUUUUUUACGCCCAAAUAUGAUGGAAUGAAUGACAUGUAAAAUACUUAGAGUUGUUUACUUCUGAAGAGACUAUACUUUUGUGUGCGAGUUCACUCAUUUGCAUCCGUCAGAAACACAAAAUUGCUAGUGUGAACCACGCUUUAGAAUUGGCCAUCACAUCUGCACUGACCUCAAAUAGUGAAACAAUAACUGCAACUCACUUUCAUCAGGGAUGGAUCUAGCCAGAUCUUGGGGGGGGCGGUGCGUUCAUCGAAGGUUUGGUCAUCGACCAUUGAUCUAGGAUCGAUCAUUGAUCAUCCCAUUGAUCAUCCCCACAGAGAGCACUAGUCUGUAGUCUUGCUUGACAAUUUCACAAUUGUUAGAAUCUCAGUUUGUUUCUAUUUUAUUCUUGUUUUGAUAAUUGCCGGCGCCCCAUUUCUCAAGACUUCCACCUGCAUCUUCCAGAAAAUCCGUCCCUGUAUCAACUUAUUGUUGUACUGUAUUCAUAGUCUGCGCACAAGUAGUUCAUCUCGUCUUGGCGGAAUUGGCAUGACAAAAAAUGGGCAAAUGGAGGUUUGUGACUAUGUACAAACUUUGUGUCAAAAUCAAUGCAAUGUAAUGUCCUCUACGCAAUGUGCAAAUUUUUUGAAGUCACUAUCAGUAAUGCAAUGUCCUCUGUGCAAUGUGCAAAUUUCUUGUUGAAGUCAAUGUAAUGUUCUCAGUGAAAAAUUGGAAAUUUAGUUAUAUGAUCUUGCAUAAAUAAUAUAAUCUGUCAUAUUUUUUCCAUUCUCUAGGAAGUUCUUUUGCCUGAUUAUGGCGAAGGUUAGUUUUGUAUUACAAUCACCAUUUGUCUUAUUUUACCUUUUCUUGUCAUUUUAUUUCAGAUAGGGCAACAAGCCAGCAAAUUGAUAGAAAAUUCAAUAAUGUAUUAUAUUAUGUCCAGUGUAUCCAGUUUAUAUUAGAUUAAUAAACAAUUAUUAUCGCAACCUGCUGAUAUAACAGACACCGAUCAUUCUAUAUUGUAUUAUUAUAUACUGUAGUAGAGAGUGAGAUACUGAGAAAUACACAGUGACAUAUUUUCCAUAUAGUGAAGAUAUCAAUCACGUGACUUAAAGUAUUUAUACAAUUUUUUGCCUGGCACUAUUACAUGGUGGCUUGAAGAUAUGACUUUUAUCUUCUCGUGUUAAAAACAAUAUUAAAAUUUACUCACUCGCUGCGCUCAUUCGUAAAAUAUUGUUUUCACCACUCGAAGAUAAAAGAUAUGAAUCUUCGCGCCGCCGUGUAAUAUCCUCUAUACGGCUAUAUUUUUUCCCUCAAAAGUGCUGUCUGAAUGCGUGAAAUAUUAUUUCAUACGUGCUGAAAACAAAGAAGUCCAGUCCGUAAUAUUGUUGUACCUCUAACACGUAAGCACGUGAUGAAAUCAAUGUUUUUCGUAUUCUAGAAGGCACAGAAGCCAAAGCCGAUGAUGAAGACGCAGAAGAAGGGAAACCGAAACAUCAAAAAGUUCAUGAUGAUGAAACUCUGGGUGUGGCUUAUAAUUAUUCUUUCUUUCACUUCACAUUUCUCUUGGCGUCUCUUUAUAUUAUGAUGGUUCUCACAAACUGGUAUAGGUGAGUAUUUAGGAGACAUUUUUACCUAGACAUUUUAUAAUUGUAUAAUUUAUGCGUGGUAGAUAUAACUUGAUAUGUAUAAUUUAUAUAAUUGUAUAAUUUAUGCAUGAUAGAUAUAACUGCAUAUGUAUAAUUUAUCUAAUUAUAUAAUUUAUGCAUGGUAUAUAUAAAUUAAUGUAAAUUAGAAUAGUUUUCUGUGUCGCGUAUUUGCGAUAAAAGCGUUCAAAAUUUAGAAUUUUAAUUUUUUAAAAAAUUCAACUCCUGUAGGCAUCCAUGUACGGCAAUAUAAGCAAAACUGACUGAAUUUCAAGACAUCAUUUGAAAUGCUUUUGUAAAAGUAAAUGCUGCAUUUCAUAUAGGGACUAGUGAAAUUGAAAUUCUAACGUUCGAUCAUAAAUAGAAUGCUUUUAAAAUGAAGAGAUUAUUUCGCUGGCCUCAGAGUGACAAAAUGUAACAAAACAACGGUUUUACUAACCCUACUCCAAACACCAACUCUUACCCUAACCCUACUCCAAGUUUAUUUCUAAACCAAUCUUGAAGAAAGUUUUGACGAAAUGUCAUUCUGAGUCAGCGAAAUAGUUGAUGCCUUUUAGAAUCACCAGUUUGAGCAUAGAAGUCACAAAUUUUCUAAGACUACUUGUUCUACUACUUGUAAAUAAUUAUUCUACCAUUCCUACUAUCUAGCUAAUUUGUACUUCUUGUUACUAUACCUCAUAUUUGUAAAUAACUAUAUUUAUGUAAUAUUUCGCUUAAACUACUGUAAUUUUUCUUAUGCAUGACACGCCCCCUAUGGAAAUCAGCUUCGGUUGAUAGGGUUAGCGUGGGUAAAUAAAGUUUUUCUAUCUAUCUUCUAUCUAUCUAAUCAUGUCUUAUUCUUUAUUAUAGUCCACAGAAUGCGGACUUCAACACACUUAACAGCAACGUAGCUUCAGUUUGGGUGAAAAUCAUCUCAAGCUGGUGUUGUCUUGGGCUCUAUCUCUGGUCCUUAAUUGCACCAAUUGUUAUGCCUGGCAGAGAUUUCUCGUAAACAUUAAAACAACUGGACUUAUAAACAGGUUAAAUGAUAUUUUGCAUAUACAACGGUAGUAUACUAUGGGAACUUUCAAGUAGACAUAGUGUAAAAGCAAGUCAACUGCUGCACAUUAUGAUAUUUGCACAUCUAUAUAGAAACUACGUUAAUGAUACUCAUGCGUGUUGUGUUCUAUCAGGAAUUUCAAGUAGAUAAACUAGAGAAGCAUAUAAACUUUGGAACAUCAUAAAAUCUGCAGAAAGUACUUUAAUGACACUAUCUAAUGAGUCAACUUAAUGUUACUGUAUUGCCCAUUUUGAUAUAUGGAUGUAGAAAAUACUUUAUGACACUAUUUAAUGUAUCAAUUUAAAGCACAUGUAAAUUAAAACUGGCAUGGAAAGUAUCAAGACUGUUCUUGCAUUUAUGUGAUAUAGUAUGAUCUGCCGAUUCUAACCAUACAUGGUUUACUUGAAGGGGUGCACACCCUCAAAGCCUUGGACAAUGCAUGGCCAAGGAGGCUGCCAUUUUACUUAUUAAAUAAAAAAUCCGUUUGUUAUACUUUCCUCAAAUUAAAAUUUCCUUUUAAAAUGUUAUUUUAGGACCAUGUAGGAACCAUGCUCAAAUGACGGCAAAGCACAUUUUGUAUAUAUACAGAAUUUCUUCCUAUGAUAUUAAGAUCCCCCAAACUACCGAAAAGUACAACUCACUGUCUAUUUUUGCAUGGUAAAAUAAUAAACUAAAAAGCAAAUUAUAAACACAACUAGCUAGCGUCAAAUGCUCAAGGCGAUGUUUAUCUCUAUUCUGAGUUCUUUGACGCAUUCCAUGUGCACUUUCAGGUGAAGCUCAUAGUUCAUAGCUCAAGUCAUUUCGUAAGGUGGCGAGAUAGAUUAACAUUAAGUAAAUUAUGACCGAGCCUGCCAAAAACCUCAUCCAAAUAUCCAUAUUUAUAGAAGAAAUCCAAUCAGUACAAAUUUUCAGGAAAACGAUAUACUAGCACGAGUACUAGUAUGGGGUUUCUGAAAUCUCUACGAAUUCUGCAUGUUUACAGUGUUGUACUGUUUGUACACCCUUAACUUCUGACCUUAAAAUGGAACUGUGCCAAACCUUUAUCCGUCAUCUCAAGUGUAAUUCUCCAAGAUAGAUUUUUCUAUCACUGCCAACGGAUAACACUA